GAUUUGACGCAGAGAGCUUCUGCUAAGAAGAAGAAAAAUCGCAAGAAGGAAAGGGACAAUCAAUGGCAAAACCCUCCACAACCAAUCAUCAUCUCCCAGAAUCAUUCUAUGGCUCAGUGAAAAUCUCCAAGGAUGUUCCUUCUCAAUCUGUGACUGCGAUCAAAGAUUUGUUUGAAGACGUAGAAAUCUCCGGUCCCAUCCCUGAAAAUUGCAACACAAAGGACUUCUACUCCGACCUGAUCCGCGGCCACCUCAAGCCCCAAAGAGUCGUUCGUGGCCGAGUCACCUGUCUCCUCUCGGUCACACCCGCUAUCACUAAUGUCUAUCGUUCAGCACAUGGAGGGGCUGUUGCAGCCAUUGCUGAGACGGUGUCAAUUGCUUGUGCUCGAACCGUGGUGGCUGAGGAUAAAGAACUCUUUCUUGGGGAACUCAGCAUGUCAUAUCUCUCCGGUGCUCGAAGUAACGAGGAGGUGAUUGUUGAUGGGUCUGUCUUGAGGAGCGGAAGAAAUUUGAGUGUAGUUGCAGUGGAUUUCAAACUCGAGAAAACUGGACAGCUGAUCUACGCUGCUCGGGCCACCUUCUACCACACGCCGGUUGCCAAGAUGUGAAGUCUUUGUGGAUCGUGUGGUUCAAUAUCUUUGAACAGGAAUCUCCACCCGCUAGCAUUUGUGUUUUUGUUAACGUUGGUGUUUUUUUGUUUUUGUUUUCUAUUUUAAAGAUAAAUACAACAGAAAACACUUUUAUAAAUUCACAAACAGACGUGUUAAUUUUGUUGUUUAAGUAAACUAUCUGGAUUUAAGUAAACACAGUUUACAUGAAUUGGAAAUUUUUGUUAACGUUUGGUUUAGACUCCAAUUUCCUAUUCAACGUUGAAUAGGAGUCUCAACUUUAGGGACAAUGUAUUUGGAAGUAAGCAGCCUCGAGAUAGAGUCCAAGCAAUUAUUAAUUAUUAUUAUUAUUAUUUAUCAAAUACAAGAUUAUAAUUCUUUAA